AUGAAGUGCACCACUAUCUUUCUGGUGCUGUCGAUGGUGGUCCUCAUGGCUGAACCUGGGGACGCUUUCUUUAGCCACUUUUACAGGGGACUUCUUAGCGUUGGCAAGCAUAUCUAUGGACUCAUCACCGGGAGAAACCCUAGGGAGCAGGAAGCGAUGAAGGAAGCGAUGAGGGAGCAGGAAGCGAUGGACCAACAAGCGUUUGACCGAGAGCGAGCGUUUGCUUGAGUCUACGAUGUUGAACUACGCUGAACAUUUUGAAAAUUAAUCGCUUUUUAUCUUCAAAAUAAUGAAAAAUACAAUUGAAUGAAUGUAAUUUGGAAUAAAUCUUCUUUCUU